AUGGUGCCUUCAACUUUCAAGAACGAUUCUGGUGCUGGCAGCCAGGAGAGCACAGCCACAGAGUCCACUUUACGUCCGGAUGAAAGGGACAAGCUGGUAUGGGAUAUCAGAGCCUCCAUACUAUCAGAUUCCUCAGAUGAUGGAGUUGGCACUAAUGAAACUUACGGGACCGCCUCUUCUGAUCUGUGGUCACGCAAACCCACAUCAGAAAACAAUGACAGCUCUAGGACUCCCAUUCCUGGUACCAAGCAGAAUCCUAAUCCUUCACGUCCCGCUCUUCACGUCACAACCCCAAGCUCUGGACCCGGCAGUAUGACGCGCGGUGUUCCGGCCAAUUUCCCAGCACCACCCAGUUUCAUGCCUCAGCUACGUCCUCCUCGGCCGCGUACGCCAAAGACUAGGCACAAAAGCACCACGUUCGAGGAGUCCACCUGGGCUCAUCGUCCUCCCCCAGAGGAUGUCUACGAUCGGCUCGAAGAGUUCUUCCCGGAGCAUGAUCUCGACAAACCCGUCAUUGAAGCUAAUUCUGGUGGAACAUCGCCUACUGCCAUAGACUAUAACUACGGGAUUCCAAACAUCGUUGAUAGAGACAAGGCGCUAGUACGACCGAAGAAGUCCAUUCGUAUUGUUGCGGAAGAACAUAAGAAGCGGAUAGAUCGGUUCUCUAGGGCUGAUCCAUUAGGCGACAAUAGCAUCUGGCGGAAAAGGAGCACGAAGUUAUGGGGCAGUCGUAUUGAGGAAGUCGAUACCUCGUCGCAGACGUUGGCAAGCUACAGCAAGACGCUCCCUGACUCCCCGGCGGGUGGUCCCAGACCGAUAUUUAAAUGGGUCCGUGGUGAACUCAUCGGCAAAGGAACGUAUGGUCGCGUAUAUCUUGCUCUUAAUGCCACCACGGGCGAGAUGAUUGCUGUCAAGCAAGUUGAAAUCCCCGUAACCGCCAGUGACAGAAAAGACAACCGUCAGAUGAGUUUCGUACAGGCACUCAAAAUGGAGAGCGAGACAUUGAAGGAUCUCGACCAUCCUCACAUCGUGCAGUACCUUGGAUUCGAAGAGACACCGACGUUCUUGAGCAUUUUCUUAGAAUACGUGCCCGGAGGCUCGGUCGGAAGCUGUCUGCGAGACCAUGGCAAAUUCGAUGAGGAAGUUACAAAAUCGUUCACUGGACAGAUUCUUGAGGGUCUGGAAUACCUCCAUUCCAAGAACAUCAUACAUCGAGAUUUGAAGGCAGACAACAUAUUGGUGGAGAAAACAGGGAUUUGCAAGAUCUCUGACUUUGGAAUUUCGAAACGCACAGACGAUCUUAAUGGAAUGGCUUCUACGGCAAUGCAAGGCACAGUUUUCUGGAUGGCACCGGAGGUCAUACAUCCCCAGAAAAAAGGCUAUAACUCCAAAAUCGACAUUUGGAGCGUGGGCUGCGUCGUCCUUGAGAUGUGGGCAGGGAAGCGGCCAUGGAGUGAUGAUGAAGCUAUAACGGUCAUGUUCAAGGUAUACCAGAAUAAGCAACCCCCGCCCAUACCUUCCGAUGUAGUCCUGUCCGAACUUGCAAAAGACUUCAAGGACAGAUGUUUCGCAAUGCAAGUUGAUCCGGAUGAACGCGCGAGCGCUGCAGACCUUCAGUUACACCCAUACCUGGAACUUCCAGAGGGCUGGAUAUUCAACGAUUUUAAGUAG